UCCCGUGCAGAGCUGGUGCUGAUGCAGUGCCAGUGCUAAGCGGUGCUGGUCCUACGCGGUGCCGGUGCCGGUGCCGGUGCAGCACGGUUCCUGCGUGGUGCUGGUGCCAUGCCGUGCCAACAGCGCGAGUGCCGGCUGUGGUGCCAGGAGGUGCCAGUACGGUGCCGGUGCUGGUGCCGUACGGUGCCAAAGCAGUGCCAUUCCCACGCAGUGCCAGUGCCGGUGCCACGCAGUGCCAGCGCCGUGCCGAUGCGGUGCCAACUCAGUGCCAACGAGGUGCCGGUGCUGUGUGGUGCCAAUGAAGUGCCGUGCUGUCCCGUGCCAAUGCGCUGCCAGUGCCGUUCCCGUGCCUACGUGAUGCCAACACAGUGCCAGUACCGGUGCCAUGCGGUGCCAGUGCUGUGCCAACGCGGUGCCAACGAGGUGCCAGGGCCGGGUGGUGCCAAUGAAGUGCCGUGCCGUGCCGUGCCAUACCGUGCCAACGCGGUGCCGGUGCCGUUCCCGUGCCAAGGUGAUGCCAAGGCGGUGCCGGCGCCGCGCCAUCCCCGCGCCGUGCCAACGCGGUGCCAACGCGGUGCCGGUCCCGUUCCCGUGUCCCCCCCCCCCCUCCCCAAACCCCCGCCCGGUGCCGCCCGGCCCGCCCCCGCCCCUCCCCUGCCCUCCCCCGGUGCUCGGCGGGGCCGGGCCGGGCCGUGCCGGUGCUCGGCGGCGGCGGCGAUGGCGCUGGCGGGGCCGCCCCGCUCCUGCCUCCUGCUGGCGGCCGCGCUGCUGCUGCCGCUCCCCGGGGCCGCCCCGGGCCCCGCCGCGCCCGCUCUCACCGACGCCGAGAUCGAGGCGUUCCUCAGGGGCUUCCUCGGGCCCGACGGGGACCGGGACGGCGACGGCGACGGCGACGGGGACGGCACCGAGCCAGGCUUCGCCACCGAGCCGGGCACCGGCACCGGGCUGGGCACCGACCCCCCGGAGCGGCUGCCGGAGCCCGAGGCGCCCAAGAAGGCCCGGAAGGACAAAGCCCCCAAACCCACCAAGAAGCCCAAGGAGAGAGCGCGGGGCUCCAAGAAGGACAAGGACAGGGACAGGGACAAGGACCGGGACAAGAGCAGGGACAAGAGCAAUGACAGGGACAAGCCCCCCAAGAAGCCCAAGGAGAAGCCCCCGAAAGGCUCUGAGAAACCCCCCAAAGGCUCUGAGAAACCCCCCAAAGGCUCCGAGAAACCCCCCAAAGGCUCUGAGAAACCCCCUAAAGGCUCCAAGAAGCCCAAGGAGAAGCCACCCAAGGAGAAGCCACCCAAGGCCACCAAGAAACCCUCGGGCACGAGGCCACCGGAGCCGCCGGACACCCCCUGGGAGCCCCCCGUAGUCCUGCACCCCCCGCGGGGUGAGGACAGAGAGGGGACGUCCCUGUCCCCAGGGCAGCCACGGGUCCCGGAGGAGGAGGAGGAGGAUGGCAGAGACCGAGGCGGGCUGGAGGAGCUGCCGACGGAGCGCUGGGAGCUGGGCGGGGAGGACUGGCGCCCUGCUCCCGAGGCUGAGGUCCCCGUGGAGCCGGAGCCGCCGACGCUGGACUACAACGAGCAGCUGGAGCGGGAGGACUACGAGGACUUCGAAUACAUCCGGCGGCAGCAGAAACCCCGCAAGCCCCCGAGCAGGAAGAAACCCGAGCGGGUCUGGCCCCAGCCGGAGACGCCGCCACCCAAGCCGGAGGAGCCCCCCGCACCGCUGCCCGCCCCCGUGACCGAGGGGGACUACGAGGAGGGCUUCGAGCGACCCGACUACGAUGACCUGGAGUACGGGCUGCCCCCGCCGCCCAAACCCAAGAAGCAGCCGGAGAAAGAGGAGGAGAUGGAGACGGACGAGGAGAAACUGAAACCCUGGAAGCCCAAGAAAGGCGGCGGCAGCAGCAAGGAGGAGGAGGAGGAGACCUGGGCAGAGGAGAAAGGCCGGGACCGCAAAGGGAAACCCAAAAAACCAGGGGGGAAGAAGUGGGAGACGGAUGAGGACGAGUGGGCGCCGCCGGAGGAGAAGACAAAGUGCCCCCCCAUCGGGCUGGAGUCCCACCGCAUCGAGGACGACCAGAUCCUGGCCUCCUCCAUGCUGCGCCACGGGCUGGGCGCGCAGCGCGGGCGCCUCAACAUGCAGGCGGGCGCCAACGAGGACGAUUUCUUCGACGGCGCGUGGUGUGCCGAGGACGACAACCGGGCGCACUGGCUGGAGGUGGACACGCGCCGCACCACCAAGUUCACCGGCGUCAUCACCCAAGGACGCGACUCCCAGAUCCACGAGGACUUUGUCACCAAAUUCUACGUGGGCUUCAGCAACGACAGCCAGAGCUGGACGAUGUACACCAACGGCUACGAGGAGAUGAUGUUUUACGGCAACGUGGACAAGGACACGCCGGUGCUGACCGAGUUCCCCGAGCCCGUGGUGGCUCGCUACAUCCGCAUCUACCCGCAGACGUGGAACGGGAGCCUCUGCCUGCGCCUGGAGGUCCUGGGCUGUCCCCUCUCCAGUAAGAGGGGGGUGGCGGGGGGGGGGGGGGGGGGGGGGGGGGGGGGGGGGGACUGGGGACGGGGACGGCCGUGCCGUGCCGAUGCUCAUCCCGCAGGCGAGCCCGAGUUCAGGUACACGGCGGGGCUGCACGGGAACGAGGUGCUGGGCCGGGAGCUGCUGCUGCUGCUGAUGCAGUUCCUCUGCAAGGAGUACCAGGACGGCAACCCCCGCGUGCGGAGCCUGGUGACCGAAACCCGCAUCCACCUCGUGCCCUCCCUCAACCCCGACGGCUACGAGCUGGCCCGCGAGGCGGGCUCCGAGCUGGGCAACUGGGCGCUGGGCCACUGGACGGAGGAGGGCUACGACCUCUUUGAGAACUUCCCCGACCUGGCCUCGCCGCUGUGGGCGGCCGAGGAGCGGAAGCUGGUGCCGCACCGCUUCCCCAGCCACCACAUCCCCGUCCCGCAGCACUACCUGGAGGAGGACGCCACGGUGGCGGUGGAGACGCGGGCCGUCAUGGCCUGGAUGGAGAAGAACCCCUUCGUGCUGGGAGCCAACCUGCAGGGCGGGGAGAAGCUGGUGUCCUACCCCUUCGACGCGGCCCGGCCCCCCAGCGAGACGCCGGCCGCCCCGCGCCCGCCGGACGACUACGAGGACGACAACCCCGGGGUGCACGAGACGCCCGACCACGCCAUCUUCCGCUGGCUCGCCAUCUCCUACGCCUCGGCCCACCUCACCAUGACCGAGACCUUCCGCGGGGGCUGCCACACGCAGGACAUGACCGACUCCAUGGGCAUCGUGCAGGGGGCCAAGUGGCACCCCCGGGCCGGCAGCAUGAACGACUUCAGCUACCUGCACACCAACUGCCUGGAGCUCUCCAUCUACCUGGGCUGCGACAAGUUCCCGCACGAGAGCGAGCUGCAGCAGGAGUGGGAGAACAACAAGGAGUCGCUGCUCACCUUCAUGGAGCAGGUUCACCGGGGCAUCAAGGGCCUGGUGACGGACCAGCAGGGAGAGCCCAUCGCCAACGCCACCAUCGUGGUGGGGGGCAUCAAGCACAACGUCAAGACAGCCAGCGGCGGGGACUACUGGCGCAUCCUGAACCCGGGCGAGUACCGCGUGUCGGCCCGGGCCGAGGGCUACAACCCCAGCGUCAAGACCUGCAGCGUCUUCUACGACAUCGGGGCCACCCAGUGCAACUUCGUGCUGUCGCGCUCCAACUGGAAGCGCAUCCGCGAGAUCAUGGCCAUGAACGGGAACCGGCCCAUCCGCCGCAUCGUGCCCGGGCGCCCCAUGACGCCCCGCGAGCGCCUGUGGCUGCGCCAGCGCCUGCGGCACCGCAUGCGGCUCCGGCAGCAGAUGAGGCUGCGGCGCCUCAACGCCACCACCACCGCCCACGCCCCCACGGCCCCCCCGGCGCCCACCACGGCCCUGCCCGGCCCCUUCAGCAGCACCACCUACGCGCCCUGGAGCCAGGAGCCUCCCACCGCCGGCACCUGGGAGAUGGAGACCGAAACGGAGGUGGUGACCGAGCUGGUGACGGAGACGGAGGCUUGGGAGGUGGGCACGGGGACGGAGCAGCCCUUCACCACGGCCGAGACCUACACCGUGAACUUUGGCGACUAGGGGACGCCCGUCCCCUCGCUCCUGCCUCCAGGCGCUCGCGCUCGGUCGAGUUUCGCCCGCUGCAGGCGCCAUCACCUGCUUCCGCAGCGCUCCUCGCCCGCGCCGGGCAGGCUGCAGCUCCCACCCGCCUCGCUUGCCAGGACCACGGCCACGCCACCCUGACGCCUGCCCCGAAGGCCGGCAGCUGCAGCGCGUCCCCCGGGCUGGGCUCAGGCGAGGACGCACGGCCCCGGCCCCAGGGACCCGGCGGUGCCACCGCAGCCGGGCGAGGAGGACGCAUCCCGGGUCCCCGGCACCGCGGCUCGGCCGGGGCGGUCGCGCUCCCCAGGGCAGGGCCCUCGCGGCGCCGGCCCCAGUCCCCUCCACGCGGUUUUGUUACACGAAUAAACCAAGCUGUAUUGGUA